CCCUAUUGUCGAGUUUGAACGACUCAAAUUCGAAAAACAGUCUAAUCUCGGCCAUGGGGGGUACGCCUACGUAAUGAAAGCCCGACAUCUGGACUGGAAGCAGGACGUGGCUGUCAAAUGUCUGCUGACUAGCAAGAUAGAAGGAAGUGAGCAGGAAGUGCUGUAUUCUGAAGCAAGGAAACUGAACCUUGGAAACAGAUCAAACCACGUCAUCAGUCUGCUGGGGGUCUGUCUGGACCCAAACUUCGCCAUCGUGAUGCCCUACAUGGAGAACGGCUCUCUGGCCGGGCUGCUGCGGGAUGUGGACGUGCCCUGGGUCCUGAGGUGGAGAAUGGCGCACGAGAUCUCCCUGGGGAUGACUUUCCUGCACUGCCAGAACCCACAGAUUCUCCACUGUGAUCUGAAGGCAAAGAACGUGCUACUGGAUGGAGACUUCCGCGUGAAGAUUUCAGAUUUUGGACUGUCCAAGUGGAAGAUGGGAUCUCGUGUUGUCACCAAAACCAGCCCGGAAGGAAGCACAUUCACGCAUGCGCCGCCGGAGUAUUUCUUGUAUAUCAACCUCGGUGCAACUGACAAGUUUGACGUCUACAGUUUUGGAGUCCUGCUAUGGGAGAUUGUAACAAGAAAGCAACCAUAUGGGAAUGCCGUAAGCCCUGCCCAAGUUAAGUUUGCCGUGACGUCAGAACAGCGACCUGACAUGACCCUGGUCCCUACAGACCCGCCUGACGUGGCCACAGUCAGUCAGCUGAUGCAGACAUGCUGGAGCCAGAACCCGGAGGACAGGCCACCAUUCAACUACUGUGCUGACCAACUUCACCAUGUGAAGAACAGGUUUAGCCUGGAGGAGAUUCUACAGGCCAUCAGCACUGUGGUAAAGAAUAAGGUACAGCCGUGUAAGAAGAUGAAGUUGAUGGGUUUUGAAUCAUCAUCAUCAUCAUCAACAUUUUCACUUUAGUCGUACAGAAUUAAACUAUUAUGGUGUCAAAGACCUUCGAACGAAGCACUGAGUAGUAGUUCGCUCCUUAGAUUUAUUCGCGACUCUAUGUAACUAUGUAUAGUAGCGAACUAUUGUCCGGAUCGUACCAAGGCAAUUGUUGUCUGCCCUAUUACUGUAAAAAUUGGACAUAACGUUAACAGUGAGGUAUGUAUAUAGUUUAUGUAACUGUCUUUGAUGUUAACGUUUAAGCAGGAUUACUUGAAAAACAUGUCUUAUAUAGUUCGAGUCCAUUCCAAUCACCAUGGGGGUUUUUAGGUGAUAUUUGUAAUUAGUCUGAAUUAUUUUGAAUAAAAGAAUA